ACCUUGUGCAGCCAUGGCCGGACCUUGUGCAGGCAUGGCCGCACGUUGUUUAUCCACGGCCGGUGCCGCCGUGGCCGCGGUGCUGCUCCGCCCCAGACUGCGCUCCCGCCUCGGGCUGCUCCCCCGCUCCGGGCUGCAUUCCCGCUCCGCGCUGCUCCCCCGCCCCAGGCUGCGCCCGCUGCCCUCCCGCACCCUCCGCAGCCACCCCCCUGCCCGCUGCUUCCAGGCGAGCGCCGCCAAGAAGGCGAAGGAAGCCGGCGAGAAAGCGAGCCCGGCGCUGAGCGCGGAGCAGCAGGAGCGCAUCCGCAGGAACAAGGAGGCGGCGCGGCAGCUGCUGGCCGAGCGGAACGUGCCCCCGGGCUUCGGCGACAGCUGGCGGCGGCAGCUGGCCGGGGAGUUCUCCAAGCCCUACUUCGUGGAGCUGAUGGCGUUCGUGGCCGAGGAGAGGAAGCGCUGCACGGUGUAUCCGCCCCCCGAGCAGGUCUUCACCUGGACGCAGAUGUGCGACAUCUGGGAUGUAAAGGUUGUUAUUUUGGGACAAGAUCCAUACCAUGGACCUAAGCAAGCUCACGGGCUCUGUUUCAGUGUCCAGAAACCUGUUCCACCUCCCCCCAGCUUGGAGAAUAUUUACAAGGAGCUCUCUGAGGACAUUGAGGGCUUCACCCACCCUGGCCAUGGGGACCUGACAGGCUGGGCCAAGCAAGGGGUGCUCCUGCUCAACGCGGUGCUGACGGUUCGGGCUCACCAGGCCACGUCCCACAAGGAGAGGGGCUGGGAGCAGUUCACAGAUGCUGUGGUGUCCUGGCUCAACAAGAACCUGCACGGGCUUGUCUUCAUGCUCUGGGGAGCCUAUGCCCAGAGGAAAGGCAGCUCCAUCGACAGGAAGCGUCACCACGUCCUGCAGACGGUUCAUCCCUCACCCCUCUCUGUCAACAGAGGGUUUUUUGGCUGCCGGCACUUCUCCAAGACUAAUGAGUUCCUCAAGAAGUCUGGGAAGAAGCCCAUCGACUGGAAAGCACUCUGAGCUGGGGCUGAGGCUUGGGAGCAGCCCUGGGCCAGGGCUUGGGGCAUUUCUGAGAAACUCCUGCUGACCUGAGAGUUGUUCUUUGGUUGUUGAUAAUGAACAAAUGACCAAACUUUCAGAGGUGGUUAUAUUUUUGUUUUAAAUGUUUCUUUUUCGACAGCAUGUUUGAUGGACAGCUCUGCUGCUGGAACAGAUCUUAGCCUGGUUUGAAGCAAAAAAAAAAGACCCCAACCACCAGAGUUCUGUAUUAAUUUGUGCUUGUUGUGGCAGUGGGAAUUUAUUUUCAGACGCUGGUGAAGGGAUGUCAGUUCUUACGAGCUGCUCAGCUUUUGUGCAUGCUCUGCUGCCUCCUUCCCAAAAAAUCCAGUUUGCCUAUUUAGGGGGGAAUGGAGCUGUCUCCGUGGGAGGAAAAGGCUUUUGGUUUUAGCUUUUUGCUACAGAUUUAUUACAAAAAUGGCUUCUCAAGGCUGUAAAGAAAAUACAGGGUCAGGAGUGUCGCUUGGUGUAUCCAUGAUCGCAAGAUUUUGGGAUAAAUCCUCCCUUCAGCCACAGGGAGGCUGUGGCCAAGACCCUUGGUAACGCUUUUGAAUUUUUUGUUGGCAUUUAGACGGGAAAGUCAAAAGGUUUUGGGUUCUUCCUGGGUGUGCAAAUCACCUGGAUGACAGGUGAGCUGUGCUGACCAAGGAUCUGGGGGUACUUGCUGAUGGCAGCAGCGAAGGUUUGUUCAUUGACACCUCUCAAAUAAGGGACUGAUAGUUGCAAAUUACUUCAGGUCUUUUUAAGAUCUUAAAAGAGGGAACUUUGUGCUUUGCCACCUUGGGAGCAAAUUAAAGUUUCCACUUACUGUUGGCAAUAACUGUUAGGAUUUCCAGGAGGAAGAGGUGUUGACUUCAUACUCCUGGGUUUCCAGCCCAUCUUUGACAUUGUAAUUUCUUUAAUGGAAAUGCCUUUUUUUGUUUUGAAAUUACACCAGUUUUUAUAGAAUAUCCUUGUAACCCUUCCUCUGGUGUUCUCUCUGAGCUAACACUAUCACCAGUGAGUUUACACUGUCUGUGCCCUUGCUGUAUAUGUUGUUUGCUUGGGUUUUUUUUUUCCCCAGUCUGUUUUUUAAAAUAAAAAUUACUUUGUUUA